AUGCUCAUAGCGAGGGGUGCCCGAUGGAGAGGCCACAAACUGAAGGGAAGCUUACACAGCUGGGGAGGACAAUUGCGCAGAUACAUCAGUGAAAACGUAACCAAAGAAAUAAUAACCCACAGUUAUGAUAGGAAAAAAUAUGAACAAAAUGUGCAUAUGUACGACACGUGCAAAAGCUAUGUGGACUCCAAACAGAAGACCUUUUACGAUUACCUUAAGGAGGAAACACCCAUACUACUACCUACCGUAAGGGGAAGGCGAUAUUCUCCUCCUCGAAAAAGGAAGAAGGAUGAUGAAGUGGAACUGGGUAGCUGCACGCAGGGAGGGGGGGCCGCAAGGGGACGGCACAAUGACCCAACGGAGAGUGAGCAGGUAAAGGUAAAAUACCUGGGUGAAUACAAAAAGUGGAGUAAGAUCAUAAGCAAAAGGGGCAAUAAUGGAGGAGGUAAGGAGGAAGAAGAAGGGGAGAUUCAUAUGGUUGCCGAGAAUUAUAAAGCAGAAAAGAUGGAGGGAAAGCACCCACAUAAGAUAGAACCAUCAAUUGGCGACGAAAAAAAGAACCACAUCAGUGAUGAGCUAAUGCACAUAAGUAUCGACAACAGUAAAUUGUUCUUUCCAAAUAAGAAGACGGAAAAAUGCCGCGAAAUGAAAAUAACCCAGUACUGUUGGCACGAAGGCCUGUGCAGCUCAAGAUUUGCAUUCAACAAUUUAAGCAGAGGCAUUAUCCAAGUUAAUGAUCAAGUAGUGUUUGAAAAUAUUAUCAUUUCUCCGGGGAGGGAUAAAGUGGAAUUAACGAAAGUAGGGAAAGAGCUUCUGAGAAAUAAAAACAUAACCAUUAUUUUGAAUAAGCCAAAAUAUUACUUGUCCAUUUUGAACGACCACAAGACAAACAAAAAACUGCUUGCCAGAAAUUUAAUAAGGAAUGAAAAUAAGUUCAUAGAGGAGGAACACAAAUGUAUGAGUUAUUUUAUUAACAAAAAUGUGAACAUCGAGAAAGUCAAUAAGUUAUAUGUGUGUGGAAGGUUGGACGCCAACUCCACGGGCCUCCUAGUUUUUACUCAGAAUACGCUCCUGUGCAGUUAUUUGCUAAACAAGCACAAACACCAAGUGGAGAAGGAAUACAUGAUCAAAACAGCUGAACCCAUAGAAGAAGUUCAUAUGGAACUCUUACGCAAAAAUAUCCUUGUUGAUGGUAAGCUGAUAUAUAAAUGUCGCAUACAGUAUGUGGACUCCUUUACGCUGUCCUUUACGCUUUACCAGGGUUUCCACAAAAUUAUUAGGAAGCUGUGCCUCCUUUCCAACAUCAAAAUUAAAGCCCUGCACAGGGUCAGGAUAGGUGGCAUUCACCUGAAAGGUUUGCCCCUUGGGAAGUGGCGCUUCCUCAUGCCCAACGAGUCUUUUUUUUUGUAA